AUGUUUGCAAAGGCACGGAAAUCAGUCAUCCAAGAGUUCCUCGAAAAAUACAAUUAUCUGGAGAGGGAGCUUCGCAACGUGGAAGUCAAUGUUUCACAAAUACAAGUACUUGUUGAAGAAGAAACGGCAGGCGAAAGUGUAGAGGAUCACGUUUUUAACAGCAAGUACAACUUUUCGCUUCCAUUUGAAAGUAAACUUUUUCUUGGAGUAGCGGUUCCUUUCAUGGUUCCACCUCUUCUUUUUGGAGCUGCGUUUGCUGUUCCAGUAACACUGCUUCUUCUUCCAAUGGUGGGAAUUAAAUCUAUUGCCGACAGCAUCAAAGAAAGAAAAAGGCAGAGUGCAUACAAUAAAGAUCGCGCUGAGUACGUGCGAAUCAUGGCACAAAAGUUUUUAGGGAAGGCUGCAACCUUCGAGGCACUAAAGCCACUGGUCGAAGGGCAAUUGGAGCUAGCUGUAAACACCCUGAAUGACCUGCAAGCGAGAAUCCCCAUGCUUGUUGAGGCCGAUGUAAAACUUUGUCAGCAACUUAUGGAGGAGGCACAUAGCAAGAAGGAUUCUGAAGCUCGCUACAAGCCCUGUAGAGACAAAUGCAGCCGUUUGCGCGGUGAGCUCGCGUUGUUUGGUUCUAUGGAAAUCUGGUGCAUGCGGCUCUCC